UACAUUUCUUUAUUUAAAAAAAUUUUAACACACAUAAUCUCGCUAGAGUUGGCGCAUUUACAGAUUUUCGCUAUUUCUAUAAAAAGGCGAAAAUAUUGGAGAAGAAAUUUAGUUUUAUUUACAAGCCGUAACCAUGAAGCAGUCGAGCACCAAAUUGUCUGCGUUUCUCUUAUUCAAUGCCUGUGCUGCUUUGGUGAGCGCACUGCCUUAUCGGCAUUUGAUAUGCUUGACUCCGCUGAUGUCUCCCUGGUGCCCAAAGAAACUGUUGUUGCAACUGAAUUACAUGUGACACCAAACGUUGCACGAAUUGGGGACUAUGAAUAUAAAGAAGUACCGUUAGUAUCGCGUAAACGUGCUAAGGAAAUUGUUGUGACUGAGGAGAAAUCGGGUGGUGAAGUGGAAAAAGAAAACACACAAAAUGCAGAGGUGGCAAAUGAAAAAGAAGUAGUGGAGCAGAUUAAGAACGGUGAAUUAAUUAAUACCAUUGAAGAUAUCGAGGAGAAUCCACAAAGUAUUACUGAUAGUGCUGUGUUGAAGCCGCAUAAAAUCAAAACUCCUAACCCAGAUGGCGGAAAUCCUAUUUAUAUAACAAUACCAAUAUACGUGAAUUCAAUGCCCGGUCUGCCAGUGACACUAUCGAUUGGUGGUCAACAGAUUCCGCACAAAGCGAAUCGUAUCAGUUUGAGAGGUGCGCUGAAGAGAGAGGUCUCUCCAACAUCGUUAUACAACAAAUUACCAUAGGGAAUAAAUAAAAUAAACAUACUCGUAUAUUCUGAAAUAAAUAUG